AUGGGCCGUCUUCACUCCAAGGGAAAGGGUAUCUCCUCCUCCGCGAUCCCCUACUCGCGUAACCCCCCCGCGUGGCUCAAGACCACCCCCGAGCAGGUCGUCGACCAGAUCUGCAAGCUGGCCAAGAAGGGUGCUACCCCUUCCCAGAUCGGUGUCAUUCUCCGUGACUCCCACGGCGUUGCCCAGGUCCGCGUUGUCACCGGUAACCGCAUUCUGCGUAUCCUCAAGUCCAACGGCCUUGCCCCCGACCUCCCUGAGGACCUGUACAUGCUCAUCAAGAAGGCUGUUGCCGUCCGCAAGCACCUUGAGCGCAACCGCAAGGACAAGGACUCCAAGUUCCGCCUGAUUCUCAUCGAGUCCCGUAUCCACCGUCUUGCCCGCUACUACAAGACCGUCGGUGUCCUCCCCCCUACCUGGAGAUACGAGUCCGCCACCGCCUCCACCAUCGUCGCUUAA